UGUCUUGAAGGAAAAGAAAAGCCCCUUCUUCUCCUGCUAAAUAAACACACAGAGACACAGAGACACAAGCAGAGAGGGGAGAGAGAGAGAGAGUAGAGGAGAGAGAGAAAGAUGUUCAGGAACCAGUACGACACGGACGUAACAACAUGGAGCCCACAGGGGCGCUUGUUCCAGGUGGAGUACGCGAUGGAGGCGGUGAAGCAGGGAUCGGCCGCGAUCGGGCUCCGAUCCAAGACCCACGUGGUGCUUGCCAGCGUCAACAAGGCCCAGUCCGAGCUCUCCUCCCACCAGAAGAAGAUCUUCAAGGCCGAUGACCACAUCGGCGUCGCCAUCGCCGGACUCACCGCCGACGGCCGCGUCCUCUCCCGCUACAUGAGGUCCGAGUGCAUCAAUUAUAGCUACACCUAUGAGUCGCCUCUCCCCGUCGGCCGCCUCGUCGUCCAGCUCGCUGACAAGGCCCAGGUCUGUACCCAACGCUCAUGGAAACGGCCGUAUGGGGUUGGUUUGCUUGUAGCUGGCUUGGAUGAAUCUGGGGCCCAUCUCUACUACAAUUGCCCAAGUGGAAACUAUUUCGAAUAUCAAGCUUUUGCCAUUGGCUCCCGCUCACAAGCUGCGAAGACAUACAUGGAACGCAGGUUUGAGAGCUUCGUUAGCUCUACGCGUGAAGAUCUGCUUAAGGAUGCCCUUUUUGCAUUAAGGGAAACUCUACAGGGAGAAAAGCUUAAAAGCUCCAUAUGCACAGUUGCUGUUGUAGGAGUGGGAGAGGCUUUCCAUAUAUUGGAUAACGAAACAGUACAAGCGUUGAUUGAUGCGUUUGAGAUAGUUGGGGAAGAAGUUCCUGCUGCUGAAGAAGGUGGCGCCGCUGAUGAACCUGCUGUUGACCAAAGUGCCCCUGCUGAAGAGGGUGCGGCUCCAAUGGAUAUUUGAGGGUGCAAGAUUUGUCAGCAGACUUUCUAUUCUUGUUCCUUGACAAGGUUGUUAAGACAUUUGCAGAAUGAGGUAGUGCAAUGUGGAUGGUGCCAUGGGCGAUAUGAUUUCUUGUUGGAUAUGUUAUUUAUUAUGCAAUUUGUCUUUCCCAUCAGUAUUAGUGCAGACAUUUUAAAGCUUGCCUUUGUUGAACCCAAUUUUACUUUGGAUAUAAUUAACCGAUUCGCUUGGUUGGAA